CAUAAAUAGGUAAUUAAGCUAAAAAUAAAAAAUGUUUGUAAAAAUAAAACUCGAAAGCGAGGUCGAUGGAAAGCCACACAUCUUCGAAUUAGUAGAUUCUGCCACAGUUUUAGAUUUAAAAGCAAAGAUGGAACGUAUUGUAAGCAUUGCUAUUGACCAGCAGGAGAUCAGAAGUUUAUCAAGGUGGAUGCAAAAUGGCGAGAAGCUCUCCACAUUGCUUCUGGAUCAGGAGGACGAUGAGGAUCCCGCAAAGAAUGGGACGGCGAUUUCGCUAUUUAAACAGGGCGAAUUUGUUUGUUUCUUACAGUUCUACAGUAGAACUGAAGCCGGAACCCAGAAAAACUUCUUCUCCCAGCCUCGGGAAACUAAACUAAUGCCCGUGGAACGACCUCCACAAUAUUGUGAAUUGUCAGAUUCACAGGACUCGUCGUCUUCAGAUCACUCAGAAAGCAGCUAUGAUUCAAGUAGCUCAGACGGUAGUACUACCAUUAAAAGAACAAGGUCCUCUGAGGAAAAGGAACCUCCAGCAAAGAGCAGGUCCUUACCGAUACCCCCGACUAUUGAGACACCCAGUUUGCCAAGCAGGACCAUCAGCUCGACUAAAAUCACACCCAAAAGUGUGUCGGGAAUAUUAGUAUCAAAAGCUGUGGGUAUGGCGCGAUCAUGUAAACCGGACUAUGGGAGCGAACCGGAGUCCGAAGACGAGAAAAAGAAAGAUAAUAAUAAAGACUUUAAGGAUGAAGACAGGAAGCUGUACAACUGCAAUCGGCCCAAGUGUGAUCAUCAUCUGGAUGGCCAACCUCCAUAUGCCACGACUCUUCCGGAAAAGAGACGUUAUGGUCUUGUUAUUAGCAACAAAAACCAAGAUGCAGAUGUAGAUCUCAAUGCUAUAAUGGAGCACUUCUUUGAUGUAUUCCGAAAGGGUUCUUCAGAAGCCCUAAACUUUUCCGACUGUCCGCCAAUGGCCAAAUUCUGUUCGAAUCUUUUGAUCGUUUGCGAAGACGACUCCACCGUAAAAUGGGUGAUAGGUGCAGUAGCUGGUGUUUCUCCGUCCCACUCCUGCCAUUCGUUCAUCAAAUUCUUUGGACUAAUACGAACGCAUUUCGUUCUUCCCUUGAUAGUAGCGGGAAAGCCUCUAAGCUCUAUAUUUGAGCUGCUGGAAACGCAAAAUUCCGGACUAGUUACUAACAAAUGGACCGUUGUUGGUCGAAAAAUUUUAGAUCCUAGCUUGAACGAUUAUAGUCGGAAAGCCGUUUCGGUCCUUUGCGAUAACGAAGAGAUCGAAGUGUACAUAGACGAAGAUAGUAAAAGGUUAAUAAUGGAAAAGUUUGGAAAAAUACAGUACUGUUUUUGGAAGCUCAAUUUUGAGUUUGCAUGAAGUGUUUUUGGA